AUGCAGGCCUCAAUUCGCGCCAUCAAGAAAGUGCUCGCGCCUUCUAUCGAACCAGAGCUACCGUCGCACUCGAUACUCGCCUUCUACGGCGAGAAGCGGGUCGCGAAGCAACUUGACGACGAGCGUGCAAAUCGGAGGGCGAGGAGUCCGUUCCAUGGCAUUCCUAUUAUUCUGGAAGACAACAUCAUGACGGAUAUGAGUCUCGGUAUGGACACCACUGUUGGAUCCUACGCUUUUGUAGGGGCGAUCCUGAAGAAGAACACGACAAUAGUAGACCGUCUCCAAAAGAAAGGGAUGAUCAUCCUUGGCAAGAGUAAUAUGACCGAAUUCUGUGGGCUAAAAACCCCACUCAUGCCUCCUGGAUGGUAA